AUUCGGUGGGGUUGGGCUGGAGAGCAAGAGACUGCGAAGCGUGCCCCAUUCCGCACUGAGCGCGAUGAGGAGCGAGGCAGCGCUUUGGCAAUGAGAAAGUCAGGGCCCGGAGAGACCAUCAGCAAACUUCUGAGAAGGAAAAGUUCUCCCUCGCUUUAUGCGGCGACCCCUCCGCCAGGCCGGGCGAUCGCUGGCGCCGGGGGACCGGGGCCACCGGAUAACCUCAAUGAGAUCCUAGCAACUACUGUGUACAGUGAAGGAGCAAUAAGUUCGGUUAUGGACUCUGGAACAGCAAAAGUGAAACAGCGGCCGACUGUCAAGCUUGCUAUUCCUUUUCAAGAACGUCCAAAGCUUGCUGUGCCAACUCCGAAUCUGCCAGACCAGGCAUUGUUUUCUAAGAUUCCAAGAACAUCUAUAAUUGCAGGCAGUGAUGUAAAAGUCAGCAACAACAGACCUAAUGUUGGAAACUAUGGACAGAAUAUCAGCAAGCUGGAAGAUGACUGGAUUCCACCACCUCCACCAAUGGCACCUCCACCACCUCCUCCGAUGGCAUCCCCACCACCUCCACCACAAAGUAUUUAUCAAAAUCCACAAAUGACCUAUUUUCCUUAUGAAGUGACUGUCCCGCCACCUCCUCAGAUGGCCCCUCCUCCUCUACCACCACCACCACCUUCAAACAUGACAUCACAACAAAAACCUACUCAAAACUACCAACCUUCUGAAACAACUUUUUCUCCACCUCCUCUACCUCCAAAUAUGAUUCCCCCACUGCCUCCAACAAUGGCACCGCACAAAUCUUUCCCAAAGGCUGAUCAGUUCUCAAAAGCAUCUUCUCCAUCCAGCACAAGAUCUCCUGCACCUCCUCCCUUUCUUCCGCCUGAUGAUUAUUCUCUCAAAUCACCUCUGCAAAAUAAUGCUUCAAAAUACAACCAAAUUAAACAGCCUAAAAAAUCACCGCCAACUCCUCCACAAAGAGAUUUGAUGCAACAUAAUCAUUUUUCUCUCAAACCUGAAAGGGAUACACUAUCUUCUUUCAAAUUCUUCCCUGCUGCUUCACAAAAAUCAGUUCCCAAUAGUCACUCUUUGUAUAUGGCAGAAUCUCCUGAAGUGAUUACACAGCUUCCAGUUGCAUCAACUUUCAAUCCUAAAGCAACAGCAAAGCUUUUUGGAUCUUCAGAACCAGUUAACAGAUCAGAAUAUGGGUUAAAUUCUGACUGGCAAAAUAAAGGCAAAUCCAUGAUAGUCAUGAAAGACGCUGACCAGUAUCCAAUGGACCACACUGGUGAGAUUAAUCACACUGCUUCCAUGCACAUGAACACAAAUGAAAGCACUGAGCAUCCAAGUAUGAAUAAGGUUCAAAUAGAUCAUUUUCCUCCUAAACCACAGAAGCCAGCUCGUAAGAACAAUCUAUUGCUACAACAAUCUAAGUCAGUCCAAUACAAAGGAAUACAUUCAGGUUCCUCCAUAGACCGUUCCACAGCGGAUGAAAAAGAAAAGAACUGGGACAACAACAUGGAUCUUCGACAGAGCAGUUUAAAUCAAGCUCAUGAUUCCACAAGCAAUCAAAAUUUGACACAUUCACCCAUUUCAAAUAUUGAUUCUGAAAUAGAAUAUGGGAACUACAGAGCAGGAGAGAGGACAAAAUCCACUGUGACCAGAGAUUUUGAAAACCAGAGUUCUUCGGAAGAUGUUACAUCAGAUUUUCAAUCCUUGAAACCAGUUGAGAAACCAACUACAGUAACAGCAGAGCCACCAGAUUCUCCUCCAGAACAAACUCUCCCUAGCCCAGAGCAGAAUAUAGAUCCACGUUCACCAUUGGCACUUCUCAUGGCUGCAAAACAGCGAGAUUCCAGUAAAAUCAAAAGGGUUCACAAAGCAGUUGCAGAAACAGCAAACUUAUCCUUGGGAGGCACUCGGUUCAUUCAGUCAACAAAUUCAAAUACAAUCCACAUUGCACCAGUAGCUAAUUACAAGGAUCGUUCUUUGAUAUCACAUGCUGAAGAAGAUAGUUCAGCAUGGAACAAGCAUGGAGGUGACCUCGUCAGUCCUCUGAACAGCACCAGAAAGAGUCUUGACUGGUCAAAACCUUCACCCCACUCUGCAUCACGAGAAACUGCAGAACCAGAAGACUCUCAAAAAGAAGAUGACGUGUCUUUACUUCUGAUCCCACCUCCACCAUGUUUUAGUGAUGAAGAGAAUGAAGAAGCCUCAUUUGAACUUCUGCCACCUCCACUUGAAUUUUCUAACCAUAACGAAGAUUAUUCAUCUCAACCAGAAAGAAGAGCGAAUGUUGAAUCUGGGAUUGACAAUCAUCCCUCUACCAGUUCUGACAAGAAAGGGCUUCGUCUGCAGGAUCCUGACCAUUUUACGUUUAAUCACCAUAAAAACCCAAAUACUAAAAACGCUUAUUCCAUUAGCAAAUUGCCAUUAAACACGUUGUCACCUCCUGUCAAAACAAACACUGAUCGGCAAAAGCCAGUGAUUGCAGAAAAGCCCACAUUUAUGAAUAGCACUGUUGUGAAUGGGGGUCCUGGAAAAUAUCAGAAUUCAAAGCGAGUUUCAGAUUGCCAUUUAAUGCCUAAAGCAUAUGGAAAAAAUAUACCCAAGAUGGAAGUGCAGCAGGCAGAAACGGUACCAUCAACAAACAAACUGGUAAUGAAGAAUAAAGUGAUUGAUGAAUUGCAGUCUAAAGUGCAAGCCUUAAGCACAGACUAUUCUGAUGUCACAGCCAAAAGCUCACACAAUGCACAACAUCCACAAUCGUAUGGACGGACCUUCACUAUCCGGCCUGGUACAAAGCAACCAAUAACUGUGGUAUACCCUCCAACAACUAAAUGAAAAUCUGCCCAUUUGGAGCCAAAAUGAUUUUCCACUGACUCCAAAUAUUGUGGGUAUCACCUAAUUAAUGUCAGAAGAUUAGGGGAGUCAAUAGCCUAGUGGCAUUAUCACUGGAUUGUUAAUCUAGAGACCCAGGUAAUGUUCUGGGGAUCUAGGUUUGAAUUCCACCAUGAGAUUUGAAUUCAGUAAAU